CCUUGCCUCGCCCUUUCGCAGGCUCCCCUUUCCACAGGUUUUGCGGUCAGCCGUCCCUGUCCGCGCGCGCUGCCCGUUGCCGUCCAAGUCGCCUGAAGCCUCCGCCCACCAAUUGUCGUCGCUCCGGGCAGCCACCGCGGCUUUAGGUGCCCAUCAAAGUCUGGCUUCGGGGGGCCUCUGCAGAUGCAACUGCGUCCGCAAAGAAAAAAGUGUGCUGCUGCCACUCAGGCUCACCACUGCACUACUACUGCACUGCACUACUGGCACUGGCAGGGCCAUCUUUUCCCUCACUCUCCUGUCAACUGGCUGCACACCACACACUGCAUCCCCUCUCGCUCACCCUCACGCUCCGUUUUUCAUCCCUCAUCAUUUCUUCCCUCCCCGUCCUCUAUUCGAGUUCAUCCUUCUGCUGUUUUUCUACUCGCAAUCCUCCUCUCCCUCUCCUCUCUUCCCUAUAAAAGUCAUCUGGAAUAUCUCGCUGCUGCACGACGUGUCGCUGGUGCCCCCGUCGUUGCUAUUCUCGGCCACAGUCAAAGGAGCUCGCACUGGGUAAUUUCGGACCCGGGCCCACGUCUGCCUCUUGAGCCACGACUCCUUGCGGUCAGCUUGAUUACCACAAUUUCCCACCGCACCAUCGUCGCAGGCUACGCCUUUGGUGCUGCUUCGCCAUCCCAUCCACCUCCCCGUCUCCCAGGCAGCCUUGAAAUCUGGUUGCUGGUGGCCAAUUUGAGGCUUUGUCGUCCAAGCAGCUGCGCGUCACGAGCUACGGUGGUCAGGAUUCUUGGGCUGCGGUCCAUUUUCUCGCCCUGCUAGUGGCUGUGUCUCCCAGAUCGCUCCGACGAACCCAGUCUGCCUUCGCUUCUUGCAUCGAGGCCACCACAACAUCUUGCUCUCGCCAGUUUUCUUACACACAACAAACGCGCCACUGUCGCUUCUUACCUGUACGGCGCACGUUCGGUUGCUAGAGAGCCAGUGCGCAGCGCAGCUGGUUGUGGCGUUUCAAUUGGUUUCCUGUCGGACGAAGUUGUCUUACCCGGCCGUUUAUACCUCACUGCGACCACUCCUCGCACUCUGUUCGUGACGAGCUUUUCACUAAGUCUUGUCAACCACGCCUGUUGUUCGAUCUGUCACUUUGAACCAUAACUCAUAAUCGGACCUGUCGUUUGUCGCCAGUCCGUCACAUUACCAACGGUCGUACACAGGACCUGCUAUCAACUAAUUCACCCUGUUUGCUCAUCGCGUUUGGGGGUUGACUGUUUGGCCACUCAAUAACCCACACUCACACAUGCUCUGCAUCUGAGUCGGGGCAAAAGAUCGGCUUUAAAAGCUACGGCUUCAACGCCUAAGGCGUUGUCGCAUUCAGCAGACGCAGAAGGGCUUCGGUCUUCUGCUCUGCUCAUCUCCUUGCUUGGGAGCAUGCCUUCCUAUCAUAGCUGGGGCCCUAACGGCCAGCACUCCCGCCUCCCUCCGACUCCUCCAGAGUGUCAAACCGACUACCUCACUCCAAUGGGUGCGGGCUCUGACCACGGCUUCUAUGCUUCGCAAGGAUACGGGUGCCGCCGAUCUCUUUCUUCGCGCGAAUAUGGCGACAGAUACCAAGGCUCGGCUAUCUACCAUGGCCAGCAAUCUGCGCGCCACGGACUGGCCCAUACUUCGCGAGAGUAUCCUUACCCGUCAUAUGGUCACUCAGGCAACCAGUACGGAUAUUCGGCUGCGGGCGCACCUGUCCUGCCUCCAAUCCGGGUGACCGAUUCGCUGGAUUCAUACUCGACACAUUAUCAGACUCAGCAGGUUGAGACAAAACCAAAGGAAGAAAAGCCUACCGGAGGUGUUGCACAGCACCUGGACUACGACAUGGAUAUGAUGUCCAACUUCGUUGCCGAAAUGUCCCAAAAACUCGUCACACCUGAGUCCGUUCCGACAACGCAGUUCCGAAAAUAUGUGUCCCAAAUUCUGUCGUCAACCCGCUUGCCCAGUUCUACCAUCAUGCUUGCGCUCUUUUACCUUUCAUCACGCAUGAAGCAGGUGACUGAGCGUGGCCAAUCGACCUCCGCUUCAGGAACGGUGUAUAGGAUGCUCACAACCUGCCUUCUCUUGGGCAGCAAGUUCUUGGAUGACAAUACUUUCCAGAACAGAUCCUGGGCCGAGGUCAGCAGCAUCCCGGUGCAAGAGCUGAACAUGAUGGAGCUGCAAUGGUUGACAGACUUCAACUGGGAAAUCCACGGCAUGAUGUACGACCAGGACGAAGGCUUCUUCAUGUGGGUCGACCAUUGGCAUGCCUAUGAAGAGCAGGCCCAGCUUGCCAAAGCCAAGCAAAUGCACAAGUUGGCUCCUCUCGACACGAAUCUUGGUUGCAGCCAUUCCGUCCAGCAUCAGCCCUUGAUGUCUCCGGAAGGUCCCAUUCCUCCUCAAUACCAACAAAGCGCACAGUUCGACACCCGUUGGGUCCGGCCUUACAUCUCGGAAUAUUCGCCUCCCUCUGCCCCUCACAGUGGUCCGUCGACGCCCGACUACUACACGCCAUCGUGGACAUACAACCCCGCUGCGCCGGCAACCUACGGCCGUCAAAGCUAUCACUCUGGAAGUGUGUCGGCAUACUCUGCGCAGCGUCACCAGGUCAAUGCCUACGCUCCUACCUAUUCCUACCCUACCGGGCUCGCGGCGGCGAAUUGGGCUGCCCAUGGCCCGAACUGUGGCUGCUCCCUUCAUGCGAAGCAGUCGGACUAUUACUUCAACACUCACGCAGGCUAUCCUCUGCAAACUGUCGUGGGCUGAAAAGCCCAGCCUCUUUCUAGCGUUCAGCGUGCUGGGCAUGGCCGGCAACUUUUGUCCAAAAAGGCGUGUCUGUCGACUCGGUUCACCCCUGGUGCCACUAUUCCGGUGUCGGUGGUUCCAUUGUGGGCUUGGGCUAGCAUGUUGCUAGACCAAGCUCACUGCAUCCUGCGCGGUUUUCCAACGGGCUGACAUCUUUCUAAUCGAACUUGCAUCUAACGACGUUCUCACGAAUCGCACUUUCACUCCCUCGUUCUUCGGCAUUUACAACAGCGGGCCGCCUCUUAAAGUGAUAGAACCCGGUUUUCCUUUUCCUUCAAGAUACAUGCAUGCAUGGGUUGGUGGGCGGCCUUUAGGAGCCUCUCGUCGAGGUCGCGGAGGCAAAAGUCACAAAAAAGUAUUCACUUCGGAAACGUUUAUUUUGCUGGCGUCAUGGGUUAGGGUGGGCGGUAUUUCCAUGCAUGAGCUUUGCACAUUCUUUUUUGACAGUUGCUGGUUUUGCUUAUGAGGUUUUGUUUUGAUGGCUGAGCGGGUGCUAGGAGAUAGGGGCUUGCAGAGGGCUUGCGCAGUCGGGCAGGCUUUGGGAGGUCACUCGCUGCUUAGAUGGCUGUGGUCGACUACUGUAAUUAGUCAUGUGCAACGACGAGGUUGGUUCAACGAACACGAUUGAUGGGCGCAAUGACACAGCUCGAACAGCAGUGUUGGCAAAAGGUACAACAGGACACAUCGGUCAAGUUGAUGGACCUUUACAUUGCUUUUUCACCGCGGGCCAGGCUGUGCUCGACGGGUUAUACCCUUGAUAGAUUAUUGCGACGGGUAUUCUUGCGUUCAAGACCAUAAAUAGCAGUGCACAGCGACGACUUUGUAUAAAAAAAGUACCUUGAAGCAAAGGCAAACUGGAGCAGUGUUGUAGAGUCUCGGCGAAUAUUUUAUACCAAUCGAGCAGUUCAACUGUUAUUAUCAUGGAG